AUGGAUGCUGCAAAGGCUCAAGAAUCAUCGCUCACAGCGCGAGAGCUGGCCUCUUUCGAUGGCGUCGAGGAUGAAGGCCACUACAACGAUGUCGGUAUCCUCGACAAAGGAUAUACGGCCAAAGAUCAGAGGGACAUGCAACGGUUGGGCAAGCGUCAAGAGCUGAUCCGCAAUUUUCGUCCUCUCUCUGCUUUGGCAUUCACUGCUCUUCUUCAAGCGACCUGGGAGUUCCUCCUGAUCGCAAAUACUCAGGUGUUGGUCUGUGGUGGUAUUGCUGGCUUCUUCUGGACAUACGUUUGGACCUUCUUUGGGUUCGGCAUUGUCAUGACAUCUCUCGCGGAAAUGGCGUCCAUGUCCCCCACCAGUGGCGGUCAAUACCAUUGGGUUUCGGAAUUUGCUCCUCCCCAAUAUCAAAAGGGUCUCAGCUACCUUACUGGAUGGAUGUCCACUUUAUCCUGGCAAGCCGGUACAGCAUCAGGAUCGUUCUUGACUGGCACCAUCAUCCAGGCACUCAUUCAGAUCAACAACCCCGACUACGAACCAACGGCAUGGCAGGGCACACUGUUGGUGUUUGCCAUGGUUCUCGUCCUCUGGGUGGCCAACACAUGGGGGGCGCGCGACCUGCCGCUUAUCCAGAAUGUGCUGCUUGUCGUGCACGUCUUUGCCUUCUUGGCCACAAUCAUUGUGCUGUGGGUAAUGGCACCUCGGAACUCGGCCAAAGUCGCCUUCACUCAAUUCACCAACGAGGGCGGAUGGUCCAGCAUGGGCCUCGCCCUGAUGGUCGGCCAGAUCUCGGCCAUCUACGGGUCGCUCUGCUCCGACUGCACCGCUCACAUGGCCGAGGAGGUCAAGGACGCCGGGCGGAACGUUCCCAACGCCAUGUUUUGGGCCUACGUGGCCAACGGCAUCCUCGGGUUCGUGCUCAUCAUCACGUACAAUUUCACGCUGACGGACGUCGACGCGGCUCUCAACGACCCUACCGAAUACCCCUUCAUCUGGUUGUUCCGGCAGGCCGUGUCUACCGGCGGGGUGAACGCGCUGACCAUCAUCAUCCUGAUUCUUGUGAUCGCGUCCAACAUCUCGUUCAACGCGUCGACGUCGCGACAGACGUUCGCCUUUGCGCGCGACAAAGGGCUUCCCUUUCCCCGCUGGAUCGGGGCGGUGCAUCCGAAACUCCACAUCCCGGCCAACGCGGUCACUUUGACCUGCAUAUGCAGCUGUCUCCUGGCCCUGAUCAACAUAGGUAGCUCGACGGCCUUCAACGCCAUCAUUUCGCUGCAAGUCUGCGCCUUGAUGUUCAGCUACACCAUCUCCAUCACCUGUGUCCUGUACCGGCGCAUCUACCACCCGGAGCUUCUACCCAAGGCACGCUGGAGUUUAGGCAAAUGGGGAGUGCCCAUCAACGCAUUCGGCAUCGUCUACUCCAUCUUCGCCUUCUUCUGGAGCUUCUGGCCCAACAACACGCCUGUCGAUGCCGAAUCCUUCAACUGGGCCAUUGUCUUGUUCUUCGGCACCAUGAUCAUCUGCGGAGCCUUGUAUUUGGUCCGCGGCCGGAAAGUUUACUCGGGUCCAGUUGCCACUGUCGAACGGGGGAAUUAA